AUGUCUUACCUAGCUCCCUACGCCGCCGACCAUGAGGACACCAAUGGACCAGGCGAUGCUCGUCCAACAGCCCUCAAAGUCAUUCGUGACCAGAAACUCGACGGCACUUUGGCAGGAAAGGUGUUCUUUAUUACAGGUGGCACUGGUGGUAUCGGGCUUGAGACAGCACGGGCAAUCCAUGUUGCCGGCGCAGAUGUCUAUAUCACGGGCCAGAAUCGCGAGAACGGAGAAGCUGCGGUAGCUUCAAUUACCGGCGAUGGAAAGCCUGGAAAAGUCAUUUUUCUAGAAAUGUACCUUCAUACUCUCUCAAAUGUGCGAGAGGUCGCGAAGAAGGUAUUAGAGCUCUCAGGAGGAAAAUUGAAUGUUCUGGUUUGCAAUGCUGGCAUUCGUGGCUAUCCCAAGGACAAAACCACAGACGGCUUUGAGCAGCACUUCGGAAUCAAUCACCUAGGCCACUUUGCGCUUUUUCAAGUGGUCAAGGACGCUCUCAUCGCAUCGUCCACUCCCUCCUACAAUUCCCGAGUCGUUGUGCUUAGUGCACAGGGACACCGACAGUCUCAGAUCCGGUUCGAUGACCUCAACUUCGAGAACCGGCCCGAGGAGUACCAGCCUCUUCUCGCAUACGCCCAGUCCAAGGUAGCCAAUAUCUACAUGUCGAAUGAAAUCGAGCGUCAAUUCUCCGCGCAGGGCGUCCAUUCCACCUCCGUUAACCCGGGCGUCAUUUUGGGUACUGGAUUAAAUCGCAAAACGCCACCGGAGCAGAUGGCUGGCCUGCUGAAGAUUCCUGCUAUAAGAAACGGCCUCAAGUCGGCGGAGCAAGGCGCUGCAACCACUGUGUGGGCUGCUACGGCGAAGGAGUUUGAAGGUGUUGGGGGCAAGUUUUUGGAGAAUGUCCAGGUCGCUGGUCCGUAUGACCAGACCAAAGGUCAGUUUGCACCUGGAUUUGCAGAGCAUGCUUAUGAUGAGGAUGCCGCGAAAAAGCUUUGGGUGGAAAGCUUGAAGUUGGUCGGAUUGAAGGAGUAA